UCCCCCCUCCUCCCCAGUUCUCUUCCGCCUCCCCAUACUUUCCCCUUGUUAAGAAGCUCCACAUGCGCGCGCGCUCAGGCGUCUCCGGUCUUGGUGUCGGUGAGGUUGUGUUACGCGCUCGGGAAAUACUCCAGUGAUCCGGGCCUUUGCACGGACAGCGUUACUAAAACAUCGUGUUAGUUUGUUUCACUUUCAAACUCAAUACCUUUCUAAGCAACAUGGCAGAUCCGAUGACACAGUCCCGUCAGAUAUCGUCUUCUCAAGGGCUGAACGAUGGACACUCCAAAGACACGAAGUUUUCCGAUUCCUUUUUUUCCCCUUCGCCUGUAUCUCUCAUUCAGUCUUCUCAAGAAAAACGGGUGGCACUGGACUCUGAGAAGCAAUCAGAAGGUGUGCCUACCUCACUUCGCUUUUCCUCCCAGCCAAGUUCAUUUUCUCCUGGGACUUACGGAAACGAUAACUCCAUUACUGCGAUUGGAACCAAGGAUCGUAGUUUCCAAGAGAAAAGAGAGCUUUUUGAAUCAUCACUUGCAUCGCAAAAACAAGAUUCUUCUCCUAUAAAGAUAUCCCCCGUGUCUGAGCGAAUCAGAGCUUUGGAAGCUCUGGCUGCGAAGCAGAAUGAUUCUGAUUGGAGUGAUACAGGGUUUCAUUUCAGAGAACGCCACUAUGAAAAGUCUCAUUCUGAGAUUCAUGGAGUCACUCUUCGUUCGUCCAUUAAGAAAAAACCCACUUCGAGUGAACAAGAUUCUCCUGAAUCACCCUUUGAGAUACUUGGUGAUUCCAGGCGUGGAAGUGACUUUGAGGAUACUGCUGACUGGAUGAGAGCUCAUUUGCCACCAGCGCCUAACUUCAACAUUGCAGAAUCUGACUUUGAUGAAAUUAAAGAGUCGUCUCUAAUGCCCGAAUGUCCAUCUGAUGAGACGAAGAGCAAAGAUUUAGAUGCAUCAGGAAUCUCUUCAUCUUUUGUAGGUGUACCUAAUGAGUUCAUGGACAUCCCUGACGAAGUGUCCAAACAAUCCAUUGAUGAUUCUAAUCAGUCUAAGCAAGAUGCUAUUGAGGAUGAGUCCGAAUUUGAUCUCAGAUUUUUACCUACAGCCUACAUGUGGGACAAACAAGAAAAACCUGAUAUGGAUACACAAGAACCAUCUUGCCUUACUCAAACCCAGGACUCUGAGAUAACAUUUGCUGCACCAAAUGAUUGUUUUAAGGCUCCUGCUCUGGAGUCUUUACCCCCUAUUCCCCAGGCUGACUCUAAUACAAAACAGCAAUCUGCCACUCUAGGUGUUGGUACAGAAGGUGUAGGGAUCCUUGAAGCUGACAGCUCGGGUGAAUCUGAUGAUACAGUUAUUGAAGAUGCAAUUGGUGUCAGUAAUGAUGCUGUUGAGGGUGGAGUUUCUACAGACGAGCAGAUUAUUCCAAUUCAGCAAGAGAAACGGGGUCUUCAGGUGCCCAUUAUUAAUGUCAUUGAAACAGAGGAACAGGUUCUCAGUGAUUAUGAAGUGGAGCCUGAAGAAGAAGAAGAAGAAGAAGAAGAAGAGGAGGAGGACGAGCAGAGAUAUAAGAUAAUACAAGAACCUGCAACAGAGGCUUCAAAACCAUCUGAGGAGCUUUCUGAUAUUUCAAGAUCAGAAUUUGAAGAGUCUGCUCCAAAAAUGGAUGACCUCAUCUCACUGGAAAAUAUUGCAGAUUCUGAUGGAGAAUAUUCUCCAAAACAUAAGAUAAUCAACAAUGAUGAUGAUGAUAGCAAGGACACCAUUAACCCGACUUCCCUUCCCUCAGAGAGUCAUAGCUUCGAGGGCUCUCAAACACAGUCAACUGUCCCACUGAAUACAGAUGAAACCUCCAGAGAAUCUUCCAUCAACAAUCUAAAAUCACACGAAAAUACAGAAAUUAUUCCUGAACUUCCACCUAAUUAUGAUGAUCUCACAAAUGAUUUUGAGGCCAGUGAUAUAGAGACUUACAUGGAUCAUUACCCUAGUGAGGAACUGGCCCUAAAAGACCAGUUGAAUUCUGGUGUGUUUGCUGUAAAUGAUGGGGACACAAACAAGUUACUAAAAUCUGACUCUCCUCAAAAUCAAGCUGUGUCGGCUGAGCAGUCAUGUGAGGAAACUGUUGGUACAAUUGACGAGACUGUUGAUGAAAAUAAGCAGAGUUACAAUGCCGAAUCGGAGCCCUCUCCUGCUAACGUUUCCGUAGAUGUCCCCGUGGAGCCUCUGUCUUCUCAAAAUAACAUGCCGCAUCUUGAAUUAGAUGAUCAGAGUGUAGAAAUUGAGGACAAGAAGACAAAAUCUGAUUCAGGGAAUUUUUCAUUGAUCGAGGAUGAGGAUUACAUGACUAGGCAGGAGGAAGAGUUGCCAUCUUUCCAAGAGAGCACAAUUGCCCAGUUUCCCUCUUCUCUUAAUGAUCCAUCCAGCAAUAUCAUUGAUGUAAUCUCUGAAUUUGUGGCCAGUGAUGUAACCGAGGGCCUACUGGUAACCAACACUGAACCAGAUGUAAUAAACCAGUUUGAUGAUCCACAUAGAAAGAUAUCUCCAGAACCCGAAAGCAAACCCGAGUUCGUUGAAGCAGAACAAAAUGAAACGGUCCAGCGUAAAGUUCCUGACAUACAGAUAUCUGAGGACACAACAAACAUAUCCGAGUCCAUUGACGCAGAAUCCGAACCCGAUGAAAUAAUCCAGUGCAAUACUCCAGAUACGGAGAUAUCCCAAGAAACCCCAAACAAGCUCGAGUCAACCGAGACAAAAUCUUCUACAACAUCUUCAACAGAUAGUUUUGUGGAGUUUAUGAGAGAGUGUUUGAAAUCUCAGCAGGAUGAAGAAUCUCAAAGCCUCGGUGCAGUACAGACCACUAAGGAACCCGUAUCUGAUGCUCCUUCUUCCUCUGCUAUGAUCAUGGACUUGGAGGAAGAGUGCCUUACGAUCUGUGCUUUAAAAGAGCUUGGGAGUAGUCCUGACCUACAGGAUGAUAUGAGCAUUCCUAAAGACAUUCCAGUCUCUGCAAAGGAAGUACUUUCACAACCUUUAUUUCAGUCCGAGUCUUUAACUUGCUCAAAUCCCUCUCCUUGCGCUCUUCCAUAUGAGAACCAGCCAGAUGCCUUGCUAACCAAAGAGAUUGAGGCAAUCGACAUCUGGGUGGCAGAAGCCUACCACCUUGCAGAGCAUGUCUUGGCACUAAUACUAACCCACCUGACAGUGCAUGACUUGGUGUACUGGCGGGACCCUAAAAAAUCAGGCCUGGUGUUUGGCAUUUCCCUGCUACUGCUGCUGUCUCUGGCAGCGUUCAGCGUGAUCAGCAUCAUCUCCUACAUGCUCCUGGCACUGCUUUGCGUCACCAUCUCCUUCCGUGUAUACAAAUCCGUCAUCCAGGCCGUGCAGAAGUCCAGCGAUGGACACCCCUUCAAGGAACUGAUGGAGAAGGAUGUCAGCUUGGCUCCUGAGACCUUCCGCAAGCACGUGGACUCGUGUCUGACCUACAUCAACCGUGCACUCAAGCAAAUGUGCCGUCUCUUCCUGGUCGAAGACUUGGUAGAUUCCCUCAAGCUGGCUGUGGUCAUGUGGUUGAUGACAUACGUGGGUGCCGUCUUCAAUGGCAUCACCAUCCUCAUUCUCGUGGAUAUUCUUGCCUUUACUGUACCACCAUUGUAUGAGAAAUACAAGACCCAGAUUGAUCGCUACAUCGACCUUGUACGCACUCAGGUUAAUUCUGUAGUGGCCAAGAUUCAGGAGAAGCUCCCCAAAGCAGCAAAGCGCAGUAAAGCAGAAUGAUGCACCUCACUCAUGCCUUCAUGACCACCUCCAGAAUCCCUGUAUCUCUAGCUACCACCCCACCCCAGUUUAACCUCUCCUUAUAAACCUCUUACCAGCCAUAUGCACUGAACCAGCUAGUCUCUUUAAAAUCUCUGAAGCUUCUCAAUAUUCUUCAAUGUUAACUCUGAAGCUUAAUUGCGAACAUUAGGGAAGACGCUUGGUGAAGACGCUUACUGAAGCUGGUGACUCAAAUGCAGGAAAUGACAUAAUUCCACAACUGAAUGUCCAUUUUUGGCAGGGUGUGUGAACUAGAUCGAAUCUUUGACCUGGUUUUGAAGUGUCCUAAAAGCUUGGACUUGGAAACUAAUGUCUGUACUUAAAAAUGAAACAAAACAAGUGAAUUAAAUGAAAAUGUUGCAGGGAGAAACAUAGACAGAAGAAACCAGGGUGGAUGUGUUUGUACAGGCUGCCACCCUAAAGACCACCUACUGAUUUAUUAUCAAUUUGUGACACACUGUUACUCGACUUACACAUACAGAUUGAUUAGGAUACGGACACUGCUUCAGCCGGGACGAUUCGCUCUAGUUCGCUUUACCCUUAUCGGCGUUAAUUUUUAAACGUGUGUGUAUAUAUAGUAAGAUUACAACAAGCUCUUUGCUGUGAAGUAGUUUGCAUUGCUUUUUAUAUUUAAUAUCAAAUAUUCUUUGGCGCCUGGAUAAGGCUCCGGUUCUUUGUUCACAUGGAAAUGUAUUAUGAUUAAUAGGUCACAUGUAGGGUAGCUGCUCUUGACUCCCCAGGCAUCUUAAUGAGUAGUAUUAAUACUUCUUAUGCUUGAGAUAUUUGUAUAGAAUCUUCAGAAUCGUGAAGACGACCAUGCAACCUGUUACUGCUCUGAAGAGAACCAGGAAGAAGUCUGAUUAAUUUCAGUAGCCCAUAUAAAAGUGGUCCUUUUUCCUGAUCUGGGAUCAGCCUUCUGGCCUCAGUUCAGCAUUGAGACCAGCAGUAAAUGACACUAUAUGUAUAAGUGGUUUUGAAUUGGUGUAUUAAAGGCUUUGUUAAUUUAA